AUGAAUUAUUUAUUAUUCGUUUCGUGUCUGUUUGCUGUUUGUUUGGCUGCUACUUAUGGUCAAUUCUUUACAACUUCAACUGUUCGAACAACUCAUCAUCAUACAAGAACAACACAUCGUACAACUGGUACAACUCCAACUAGUGCAUUAUCAUGUAUUUGUUCAUGUUGCGCUGGUUUUCGUUGUAAACCAGUUUUUAUUCGAUCAUUUGUUGAUACAACAUGCGUAACUGAAGCAUGUAGAGACAAAUGUAAAGUUUUCGAACCAAAGCAUUGUGAUCAUACAGUUACGGGUGUCAAUGAUGCUUAUUGUGCUGUCCUAGGCUAA